GCCUACCCAACAAGGGGACAGCCUCUUCCCCCCUCCCCAGCCCUUUCCCUUAGCCUCACUGUGCUGAGCAGUGAGUCUCGCCCUCGUGGACCACGGGUAGCGUGUUGUUGUUGCCCUUGUCCUAAACACAGCUCCACAGGUUGGCAGAGCACUCGACCACACAGACGUCCACCUACAGGUUGAGACCAGUCUUCAUUUCCUUCAACAUGGGUGUCGCGGAUAAUUUCGUUGGAGCAAAUCUCGCCACAAAGAUCGCUUUCUUCCUCAUCUUGCUGGCGGAUGUGGUCAAGUAAGUAACGUGGAAAAGGAACAUCAGAUUAUAAUCCUCUAUUUAUUGAGCUCACAUUCAAUGCUUUGGCUUUUAGUCUAAAAUAAUCAACUUUUUUAAUAAGUGAUUAAAGAUUCGGUAAAUUAUAAUAUUUCCUUAUAGCAGUGAUUCUCAACCUUCCUAAUACUGUUAAACUUUAAUACAGUUCGUGUUGUGGUGACCCCAACCAUAAAAUUAUGUUCGUUUCUACUUCAUAAAUAAGUUAUUCCCGAUGGUCUUAGGCGACCCCUGUGAAGGGUCGUCCGACCCCCCCCCCCCAAGGGUUUGCGACCCUCAGGUUGAGAACCGCCGCCUUAGAGCUUUUAAUUGGCCUCGCUUUACAGUUUUGUCGACUAAUGCGUUACCACGAGGGCCCUUUCUACCAUUGUCGUGUGUUGAGAUCAGCAUAACAAUUGGACAGUAUUCUCUGCCGACCAUUGAUCAGACUCUACCAUUGAUCAGACUCUACCAUUGAUCAGACUCUACCAUUGAUCAGACUCUACCAUUGAUCAGACUCUACCAUUGAUCAGACUCUACCAUUGAUCAGACUCUACCAUUGAUCAGACUCUACCAUUGAUCAGACUCUACCAUUGAUCAGACUCUACCAUUGAUCAGACUCUACCAUUGAUCAGACUCUACCAUUGAUCAGACUCUACCAUUGAUCAGACUCUACCAUUGAUCAGACUCUACCAUUGAUCAGACUCUACCAUUGAUCAGACUCUACCAUUGAUCAGACUCUACCAUUUCUCAGACUUAACCACUUAUUAAACUUUACCAUUUAUCGGACUUUACCAUUUGUCAGGCUUUGGGGAAAGUUUUGCCUUAAAAAGAUAAUAUUGUUAAUGUUUCGUUAAAAACAAGACACUUUUUGAAAGUGCUCCCUUGAUGGUCGCGUGUGUGAUCAUGUUCACUAAAAUAGUGCAUGAGUCUCACCAUGUAAACAAGAUGGCGCCUGGUGGCUAUCACCGGUUUAUCACGUCAUCGUUGUGGCUGAGCUCAUGGAAGGCUUAGUUCUACUCUCUGAGACACACUUCAGAUGUCAUGUCUUCAAAUUGUUGUAAUUAUAAAAUGUCUUAGUAAAAAAUCAUGUAUUUAGGUGCUGAAAUUAAAUAAGUACAAUUUAAUUUUUUUAAACACUUCCAUUUAUUUGGAUCUAUACAAUAAUGUGAAUCUAAUCUUAUUUCAUUCAAACAGUUGAUCUCAUUCUUUGCACAAAAUUCCCUCUCCUGUGUUUUGACUGACAGAAACUUGACUAGACCUGUGUAAAAACAUGACCCUGUUAAAUGUUUCCUUUGGUUUAUCUAAAUAAAAUGAGUAAAACAGAGUAGGGUUAAACCUGAAAAAAUAAACGCAACAAAACAGCGAACGUGUCGGCAGAAAGCCUUCGUCAGCGAACAACAGAAAAAAAAAAUUAAAAAUAAAAAUAAGAAUUAGCACUUAUCUGGUAAGUAGUAUCUGUGGGCAGCAAUAGAAGUGUGGCAGAAGGAAAGAAAAAAACCACUUUCCUUCUGCCACACUUCUAUUGCUGCCCACAGAUACUACUUACCCGCUAAGUGCUUUUUCUUAUUUUUAUUUUUAUACCGUUGUUUUCUGUUGUUUUGUUCGCUGACGAAGGCUUUCUGCCGACACGUUCGCUGUAUUGUUGCGUUUAUUUUUUCAGGUUUAACCCUACUCUGUUUUACUCAUUUUAUUUUGUACUAACCUGAUUGCAGUCUCUACCCUUAUUACCCCUUUGGUUUAUCUAGAAGUUCAACGAAGACGACCAACACUAAAAAUUUGUUUUUCUUUUCUCAUUAGUUUACCCAGACAACUUUAGUAAACGAACCAAAGAAUGAUUUUAAUUGUCCUAAAUUUCCUAGAUAUUAAAACUGAAGUUCUUUAAGGACUUUAAAUAACAUAUUCAAGUGAGCAAAAUGUCUUUCCGUCCUCGCAGUUGGAUAGCUUUUUGUACGUCGUCAUGGUACGUUGAAAGCAAGGACACAACAUGGGUCGGACUGUGGAGACGGUGUACGGUACAAGGAUGCCCCAUACAGCUAGACGGCAGUCCCGAUGGUGAGAUUGGUUUUCUAGGGUUGUGGUGUGUGUGUGUGUGGGGGGGGGAUGUUAUUUGAUACCUGUAUGUGAGAUGUCGCUCUAUAAUCUUCCGGUAUUUUUGUUCUUACAUUGAGGUGCGCCAUUUUAUGCCAACUGGGGAUGCUUUUGUAUUCACGAAAAGGACGGUGGAGGCCAAAAUGUGCCCCCCCCCCCCCCCCCCGGAACCAUUACAUCAGGUAGAUCACUCACAGCUUCACUUAAUGGUUCACUAACGGAUUCACUUAAAUAAUAAUGUUAUGAGACGUGAUGUCGAUGUGCUCAGGCGUGCUGUCGAUGUGCUGUCAAUCUGCUCAGGCGUGCUGUCGAUAUGCUGUCAAUCUGCUCAGACGUGCUGUUCAACCUUAUUAACCCCGUACGCCGAUUUUUUUUUAAGUCUGUGGCCGCACACUUGACAUUUCAAAGACACACUUGACAUUUCAAAGACACACUUGACAUUUCAAAGACACACUUGACAUUUCAAAGACACACUUGACAUUUCAAAAACACACUUGACAUUUCAAAAACACACUUGACAUUUCAAAAAUACACUCGACAUUUCAAAAAUACACUCGACAUUUCAAAAAUACACUCGACAUUUCAAAAAUACACUUGACAUUUCAAAAACACACUUGACAUUUCAAAAACACACUUGACAUUUCAAAAACACACUUGACAUUUCAAAAACACGCUUGACAUUUCAAAAACACACUUGGCAUUUCAAAAAUACACUUGGCAUUUCAAAGACACACUUGGCAUUUCAAAGACACACUUGACAUUUCAAAAACACACUUGACAUUUCAAAAACACACUUGGCAUUUCAAAAACACACUUGGCAUUUCAAAGACACACUUGGCAUUUCAAAGACACACUUGGCAUUUCAAAGACACACCUGGCAUUUCAAAGACACACUUGGCAUUUCAAAGACACACUUGGCAUUUCAAAGACACACUUGGCAUUUCAAAGACACACCUGGCAUUUCAAAGACACACUUGGCAUUUCAAAGACACACUUGGCAUUUCAAAGAACAUUCGAAGCAAUGCUCAUUCUGAUAGCACCCUGUUGGUGUGAACAAUGUGCUUAAGCUGUUUUGUGUUAAGACGACUUAUGUGACCAAUGUCUCCAAUGAGGAAGCCUGAGAAUUAAGAUGAAAUGGGAGAAUGGCAUACCAUCUUAGUGUGUGUGGUGUGCCUGUGUGAGCGUGCCUAUGUGGGCGUGCCUGUGUGUGGGCGUGCCUGUGUGGACGUGUCUGUGUGCGUGAAAUGGACCCCUCCGCUUUGCCAUUGUCAAAAUUACGACCCUGUAUAAGCCUUGGUAUUAAUGAACAAACAAGUAUUUUAUAUUAUAUGCAGAUGUCAGCCUGAAAAAUCAUGCUUUAGAUAUGUUUCAAGACAAUUUAUGCUGUGAACGUAGAAUACAAAUUUUAAUGAUAAAUAUGUCAUGACAGGACCGCCAUACGGCGCUCAUUCAUAUUUGACACAGCACCACCCCAUGGCACCUAUUCAAAGUUAAAACUACACCGACCCAUGGCACCCAUUAAAGUUUUGAAAAAUUUAAUUUUUACAUAAUUUGGAUCUGCACGUUAACUUGACAUGGCUCUAAGUAUCGAACAGUGAUAGAUGAUUUAGUUUGGAAUAUGCAGUCGUGGUUGCUGUGAUUGUGUUGGGUGUGUUGCUGUGAUUGUCUUGUUGUUUUGCUGUGAUUGUGUUGUUGUGUUGCUGUGAUUGUGUUGUGUGUGUUGCUGUGAUUGUGUUGUGUGUGUUGCUGUGAUUGUGUUGUGUGUGUUGCCGUGCUUGGGUUGUUUGUGUUGCUGUUAUAGGGUUGUGUGUGUUGCUGUGAUAGGGUUGUUUCUGUGAUUGGUUUGGGUGUGUCGUAGGAAGCUGAGUUGAGUGUCAUUGCGCAUCGGUGUGAGGUGAAACAAGAUUUGCUUAGGCGUUAAAAUAAAUGACAUGACAGUGAAACGGGCGCCUCGGCUAGACGCAGUAUUCAGCAGACAUACACAACAGAUCCUUUCAAUUAAAAUAUUAUAAUUUACCCCACAAGUCCAGUGACCGGACAAGAUGAGUAUAUGAAAUGUGUGUGAGAAAGAGCUGUGUACAUGUGAGAGCUGUGUGCGUGGGAGAGUUGUGUGCGUGGGAGAGUUGUGUGCGUGGGAGAGUUGUGUGCGUGGGAGAGUUGUGUGCGUGGGAGAGUUGUGUGCGUGGGAGAGUUGUGUGAGUGGGAGAGUUGUGUGCGUGGGAGAGAUGUGUGCGUGGGAGAGCUGUGUGCGUGGGAGAGCUGUGUGCGUGGGAGAGAUGUGUGCAUGUGAGAGAUGUGUGCAUGUGAGAGCUGUGUGCAUGUGUUUUGAGAUUUGUGAGAUGUGUAAAUUGUGUGCUUGUGCUGCGAGGUGUGUGAAGUGUGUGUAAGUGAGCUUUGUGCAAUGUGUGUACGUUUAUGAGGUGUAGGUGCGUGUAUGAGCUGAGGAAUUAGUCGUUUUCUAAGGAAAAACUAAAAAUAAUCUCAUAAAUAUUCAAAAUAACCCAUUUAGCUGUAACUAUUGCAUAAAUAUCGUAAUGUAAAUUAAUAUAAACACAUUUCAACCUCUUUUUUAAACAGACGACAUUGAUGCAGUCCAAGCCUUCGCCAUCUUUGGUUUCAUCGCCUUGAAUGUAGGAUUGCUCCUGAUUGUUCUCUACAUGUUCUGGGAGGGUUGCAAGGGAAAUGCUGAGACUGGAAUUGCUUCUGCUAUCGUUCUCUACAUCUCGGGUAAUUUUGUUUUUAUAUUUUCGAUUUCAGCUGUUCUAAUCAUACAUGCCGAUAUGCACUGUUCUAAUCAUAUAUGCCGAUAUGCACUGUUCUAAUCAUACAUGCCGAUAUGCACUGUUCUAAUCAUACAUGCCGAUAUGCACUAUUCUAAUCAUACACUGUGCACUGUUCUAACCAUACAUGCCGAUGUGCACUGUUCUAAAAAAAGGUGCGAAUUAUUUACUAGGAUUUUCAUAGAAGUCAUGGUGCGCUGGAGUCAUGGUGCGCUGGAGUCAUGGUGCGCUGGAGUCAUGGUGCGCUGGAGUCAUGGUGCGCUGGAGUCAUGGUGCGCUGGAGUCAUGGUGCGCUGGAGUCAUGGUGCGCUGGAGUCAUGGUGCGCUGGAGUCAUGGUGCGCUGGAGUCAUGGUGCGCGGGGGGUCAUGGUGCGCGAGGGGUCAUGGUGCAGGGGGUUCCAUGGUGCAGGGGGGGCCAUGGUGCACGAGGGGCCAUGGUGCACAGAAGGCACAGAAGUUACUGUGAAUAACUUAUUUAACAACUUUAGAAUUAAAUUUUGUUCCUUUCUAAACUAUUUAGAAAAAUCACUAUACCAUAUUAAUAAUACAAAAGAUACUGUUUUUUAAUUGGCCAUAUUUAUUUUAAAAAUGUUCGUUUUGUAGUUAACGAAUUUUUUAACUCCAUUUAGCAGAAUGGUGCUAUAUGAAAUUAGCUAUUUUCAAGAAAGAUGUAUUUAUACUACAUAGUUUUUGUCUUACAUUUUCACGGACACCAGUUCAUUUAUUUUUUAAAAUUCUACUUCACAGCUAGCACCUGGCUCAUCUCAGUGGCUAUUUAUGGUGCCAAACUAGACGACGUUGGUGGCCGGUUUGGCUACUCUUUUGCUUUGGCUGUCUGCGCUCUUAUUUUGGCUCUGUUUGGGGGAAUACUUAUGACCAUUGGAGGAAAGGGCCACUAGAACAGCAAAGGGCCACUAGAACUAUCAGGAUUUACCUAGAGACAAUCUACAAUCCACAAAAACUAAAGCUUUAAUUUAUUUUCCACCAAUUAUUUCUGAAAAUUACAAUAUAUAUUUUAAAGAUAUCUGUUUUAGAUUUUGUUGAUUUUCUUUUAAAUCAAUGCUUGUAGAAAUGAGAGUGAUAUGUAACUAGUCUUAAUGUAAAUAAUUUGGUUCAAUCCAUAGUUCAUUUGUUGCUGCUCAAAAAUUGUUGUGGGG